AUGAAGGUGUCUUCGAUCUUCGUGCUCCUGGCGAGCACUGCCCUUGCCGGCAGACCACAAACCACUCCAUGUGAUGAUGACAAGACUACUUCAAUUCCUCAACCUCAGAGCACAGGCUGGGGAGACCACACUGAGACUUGGGUUUCUCCAAGCCCGAGUCUGAGUGUACAGCCUCACUCUCAGUGGCCCAGCUCUGAGGCCUGGCAGCCAUCUACCGAAGGCUCCGGCCAUCCCACGACUACUCCCUGCGAGAGCAACACGGUCGUUCCUGUGACCUCACCUGCUGGAGCUCCUUCGUCUACCGGUCUCAGCUCCCAGCCUUGGAUUCCUACCACAAUCGCUUCUUCUGCUCCUGCUACUGAUGUUACCACCAAGACUUCUACCUACACCACCACAACCUGCCCUGUUGGCACAACUACUAUCACUUCCGGCUCCAGCACCAUCACAGCGCUCACCACUGGAACCACCACUGUUGUUGUGACAGAUGUCAUUACAUGCACAAAGGAGGUCUGCCAGCCACACACUGUGACCAUCACUCCCGUCACCACGGUCUCGUCCGAGGUCUUCUCUACUGUUACUCGUACCUACACCACAACCACAUGUCCUGUCGGCACGACCACCAUUACAUCUGGCUCCAGCACCAUCACCUCGCUCACUACUGGCACCAGCACUAUUACCGUCACCGACACUGUGACUUGCCACACUGGUAGCUGCGCUCCUCACACUACGCCAUCUGCUACCGUCACCCUUCCAAGUGUUGCUAUCACUUCCGUCACUGGAACUACCAUUGUUACCGGCGUUGUCUCAUCUAGCUCGCCAGCUGUACCGGUCAUCUCUAGCACUGUUGUACCUUUCUCUUCCGCUCCUACUGGUGUUUCACCUACUACCGCUACCGUGGGAACUAGCACACCUGCAGUCCCUGGUGUCUCUAGCACUCCUGGAGUUCCCGGAAUUUCUUCCUCUGUUCCUGUUGUGCCUGUAUCUUCUGUCCCCACCGAAGUUUCGCCCACGACCAUCGGUACUAGCACCCCUGGAGCACCUGGUGUCUCUUCUUCCGUUCCGGUUAUUCCUAGCGGCCCCAGCAGCGUGCCUCACCGUCCCAGCACUACACCAUGCACCACUGGCUCCGUGCCUGUGGUUUCUGUUGGAUCUUCCUCAGUUCCUGUCAUCAGCUCUGCUGCACCUACAACGACUGCUUCGGAAGUUAUCACUACUAAGACGAUCACUUUCACAACCACCACCUGCCCCGUUGGAACCACCACAAUCACCUCCGGCAGCAGCACUAUUACCUCCGUUACCACUGGAACUAGCAGCAUUACCGUUACCCAGACUGUGACCUGCACCAAAGAGGUCUGCCAUCCCCACACUUCUACUCCCACCAGCGUCGGACCUACUGUCCCUGUUGUUACUGGAUCUGGCACUCCAGCCCCUAGCUCGGUCGGAGCUACCACUGUUGCUCCUUCUGGCCCUGCAACUACCCCUGUGACCACUAAGACUAUUACUUUUGUUACUACUACCUGCCCUGUGGGAACCACCACAAUCACCUCUGGUUCCAGCACCAUCACCUCCGUCACCACCGGAACGAGCAGCAUCACUGUCACCCAGACCGUCACUUGCACUGAGGAGGUUUGCCAGCCACACACUGCUACUUCUACCGCUCCUGGUGAGACAACUGUCCCAGUCACGAUUCCAGUCACUGGUACCCCAGUUCCUUCCUCUGUGGGUCCUACUUCAGUCACGCCUUCUGAGUCUGCUCCUGGAUCCGGUACUGUUCCCGUCGUGAGCGAAACUGGUACACCUGUUCCUAGCUCCGCUGGACCUACUACCGUUGGACCAACUACUGUCGGACCAACUUCGGUGGUCCCUACUACCGUCGCUCCUUCUGGACCAGCCUCCGAGUCUAUCACCACCAAGACCAUCACCUUCAUCACAACAACCUGCCCAGUUGGCACCACUACUAUUACCUCUGGAUCUAGCACUAUUACUUCUGUUACUACUGGAACCAGCAGCAUCACCGUUACGCAGACUGUGACCUGCACCAAGGAGGUCUGCCAGCCACACACCACUGGUGUACCCACGACUGUUGUCCCCACCACCGUCGCUCCCACGACUGUUGUACCUGAGACUACUGUCCCUGGCGAGACCACCGUUCCUGGCGAGACCACCGUGCCCGCUGGAACUACUGUCCCUGCUGAGACCACCGUGCCUGCUGAGACCACUGUCCCUGCUGAGACUACUGUCCCUGCCGGUACGAGCGUUCCUGCUGAAACCAGCAUUCCUGUUUCAACCAUUACCGUCAGCCCCAUCCCGGUGCCUUCUUCUGCAGGCGCUACUGGUACUUCCUCUGCCCCCGAGUCCGUGGUUACCAAGACUCUGACCUAUACCACUACUACCUGCCCUGUUGGAACUACAACCUUCACUUCUGGGUCUAGCACCAUUACUGCUGUUACCACUGGCACCAGCAGCAUCACUGUUACCCAAACAGUGACCUGCACCAAGGACGUUUGCAAGCCUCACACCUCGGUCGCUCCCACAACAGCAGUUGCAACAGUUACUCCUACCCCAGUUGUUGUCACAAUCACUUACACCACAACCACCUGUCCUGUGACCUAUGUCCCCACUACUAGCGGAACUUCCACCUUCAGCAUUCCCGUGACCGGCACAAGCACCAUUGUUGUCACUGCAGUGACCACCUCUACUCCUGCGGUGGUUGUACCUAGCACGACAACUGUCCCUAUUGUCCCUGCUGGCGAAACCACUGUUCCUGCCGGUGAGACCAGCACUGUUGUGCCAGUUCCUGUUGGCGAAUCCACCACUGUGGUCCCAGCUCCAGCUCCUUCCUCCGUCUCCCCCGAAGGUACCACUAUUGUCCCUCCGGCUGUUGGAAUCACCACCACUGUUCCCGCUCCCGCUGGCUCCACCAAGCCCGCUUCUUCUCCAUCGUUCACACCUUCUCCCUCUUCCAAGGUUGUCUCAACUCCAGGCUCAUCCACCCACACAUCCACCAGCCCUCUCUAUACCGGUGCCGCCCCAGCCGUCAAGAUUGGUUCAGCCGGUGUUUUUGCUGGUGCCAUCGCCAUCUUGGCUCUGAUUUAA